GGUCCUAGAGUCCGUCGGGUUCCAACAGUUUUUGCUCAGACACCCCCACCUCCAUCGGCCUAGGCCUCUUUCUACCAUUGAGAAUUGGAGCUGCCCCUGGGGUCUUGGGUGUGCGGUCUGGACCACGGGAGUCCCCUGAGGUCUUAACUCUUUAACUUCCAUUCUGAGGACAGUUUCUCUGAAGUCUGACCUUUGGGGGCAUGGUGGUAAGGUGAAAAGAUCUGGGGACUCAGUAUCAGAAGAGCUUGAUUGAGUCCUUAGUAUCCAUCAUUUAGUUGCUACUGGCCUUAAGCAAGUCAUUUAGCCUCUCUGCAUCAGACUUCAGCCCGUCUAACCUGUAAGCCACAGACAUCUCGGACGGUAUUAAUCAUCAGUAACGAAGUAUAUCAUUAAGAAACUGGACUAUUUUGAAAGUUGGAACCUACCAUGAGUUUAAACACUUCAAGUAAUGCACUUGGGGAUACCCAAAGGUUGAAGAAUGCCUCCUCUGAAGUAAAACAAAUGUUUAAAAGUGAAACAGAGUUGGAUAUUACUGCUGAUCUCAGAAAGAAACUUCAUCGGGCUAAGAAAGAAAAAUUAGAAAUCACAACUAAGCACAAUGCAGAGCUGGCAAGCUAUGAGAGCCAGAUUGCCAAGCUGCGAUCUGAGGUUGAAAAAGGAGAGGCAUUGCGACAAAGUCUGGAAUAUGACCUGGCUGUUGCUAGAAAGGAAGCUGGUCUUGGAAGACGGGCUGCUGAAGAAAGGUUAGCUGAGGCACAGAGGAUCCAAGAAAAACUCUGUGCUCAGAAUGCAGAACUUCAAGGAAAAGCAAAUGAGAUCGAGAAAGCAUUCCAGACUUCCCAGCUGAACUGGAAAGAAGAAUGCAGAAGAUUUGAACGUGAUUUAGAGGAAAGAGAUAAUAUAAUUCAAAAUUGCAACCGAGAACAUGAUUUACUUAUGAAAGAGAAAAGCAGACUAGAGAAAACUCUACAGGAAGCAUUGGAAAACCAUCAGGAGAAGAAUGAGAUGGAGUCUCAUAUCAGGGAGACAGCAUUGGAGGAGUUUAGAUUACAAGCAGAACAAUGGGAAGCAGAAAGAAGAGAGUUACAAUUUAUAGUACAGGAGCAAGAUAAUGCUGUACAAACUAUGCAAAAGAAGGUAGAGAAGUUAGAAGCUGAACACAUGGACUGCUCUGACCUUUUACGGCGACAAACGAGUGAGCUCGAAUUUAGCACUCAACGAGAAGAACGCCUUAGAAAAGAGUUUGAGGCAACUACUUUAAGAGUGAGGAAAUUAGAAGAAAAUAUUGAAGCAGAGAGAGCAGCACAUUUGGAAUCAAAAUUUAAUUCUGAAAUUAUUCAGUUACGGAUUCGAGACCUUGAAGGAGCUUUGCAGGUAGAAAAGGCCAGCCAAGCAGAAGCUGUUGCUGACUUGGAAAUGAUCAAGAAUGAAUUCAAAGAAGUAGAAAGUGCCUAUGAGCGAGAAAAGCAUAACGCACAAGAGAGCUUUGCGAAAUUAAAUUUAUUAGAAAGAGAGUAUUUCUCCAAAACCAAGAAACUAAAUGAAGAGAUCGAGGAACAGAAGAAAGUAAUUAUAGACCUUUCAAAGAGACUCCAGUAUAAUGAAAAAAGUUGCAGCGAAUUACAGGAAGAACUUGUAAUGGCUAAGAAGCACCAGGCCUUUCUAGUAGAGACAUGUGAAAAUAAUGUGAAAGAAUUGGAAUCGAUCUUGGACAGCUUUACUGUGUCGGGCCAGUGGACAUCAGGCAUCCACAAGGACAAAGAUAAACCUCCCAGCUUCUCUGUUGUCCUUGAGACUUUGAGGCGUACCUUGACAGAUUACCAGAACAAGCUGGAAGACGCAUCUAAUGAGCUAAACAGCGUGAAUGAUGCUAAGGAAAAAGCAUCGAAUGAACUCCGCUCUACCCAACAGAAGAUAGAAUCUCACGCUAAAAAUAUUAAGGACCUGCAGGAUAAACUGGGUGAUGUCAGUAAGGAGUUAAGUCAUUUACGCACCAAAUGUGCAGACAGAGAGGCUCUCAUAAGCACUCUGAAAGCGGAACUACAGAAUGUGCUGCACUGUUGGGAGAAAGAAAAGGCUCGAGCGGCCCAGUCGGAGAGUGAUCUGCAGAAGCUUUCCCAGGCUUUCCAGAAGGAUGCCGAGGAGAAGCUAACCUUUCUUCAUACCUUGUAUCAGCACUUGAUAGCGGGCUGUGUGCUCAUAAAACAACCAGAAGGCAUGCUGGAUAAAUUCUCGUGGUCCGAGCUCUGCGCAGUCUUACAGGAGAAUGUUGAUGCCCUGAUCUCAGACCUCACCAGGGCUAAUGAGAAGAUAAAUCAUCUGGAGUACAUCUGUAAAAACAAGUCUGAUACAAUGAGAGAGCUUCAGCAGACCCAGGAAGAUACUUUCAACAAAGUAGCAGAGCAGAUCAAAGCCCAGGAGAGCUGCUGGCACAAACAAAAGAAGGAACUGGAGCGGCAGUGCUCGGAGCUCCUCUCAGAGGCGCAGAAGAGGGCGCAGAAAUAUCAAGAAAUUGCUGAAAAAAAUAUGGAAAAGUUGAACCGUAUUGAGAAGUCACAUGAACAGUUGGUUCUCGAAAAUUCACGCUUCAAAACUGCCUUAUCACAGACUCAAAGGGAACAAGCGUCCUUGUUGGCAGCCUGCGCGCUGAUGGCUGGUGCCUUAUAUCCUCUCUACAGCCGGUCAUGUGCCUUGUCUACGCAGAGAGAUUUUCUCCAGGAGCAGGUCAACACCUUUGAGUUGUUCAAAAUGGAAGUUAGAACUCUAGCCCAGGCUUUGUCAACUGUAGAGGAAAAGAAGCAAGAGGACACUAAGAUGAAGAAAAAGCCAUUCAAAGGAUUGAUACGUGUAUUCCGGAAAGGUGUGAUUGCAAUUUUGGCAGCAAAUAGGCUCAAGAUUUUGGGCCAAUCAUGUGCUUCUCUUUUUACCUGGAUGGAAAGCUUCAAAGAAGGCAUAGGCAUGUUAGUGUGUACAGGAGAGCCCAAAGACAAGCAUAAAUUUCCAAGGCACCAGAAGGAGCAGUUACGUUGUUCGCAAGCGCUCCGUUGGCUUACCAGUUCUGACCUUCUGGCUGCAGUCAUCGCAUCUAUGGCCGAGUUACAGGAAGUCAUUGGUAGAACAGAUCCAAAUUCCAGAAUUUGUGGACAUUUACUCAUAGGUGCAGCCAAGAAUUCAUUUGCAAAACUCAUGGAUAAACUUAGCCUGGCCAUGGAGAGUAUACCAUUGCAUAGUAGCAGGAGUAUUACAUAUGUAGAAAAAGAUUCUCUGGUUCAGAGGCUGGCUCGUGGACUUCAUAAAGUAAAUACGCUGGCCCUGAAGUUGCACGCGGCAGAAGUGGAGCGCCGUUCACUGCGCUUGGAGGUCACAGAAUUCAAACGAAACGUGAAUGAAAUGAAAAAGGAGCUCGACAAAGCCCAGGGUCUUCAAAUGCAAUUAAAUGAAUUUAAGCAGUCGAAAUUGAUCACCCACGAGAAGUUUGAAAGUGCGUGUGAAGAACUGAAUAACGCAUUACUCCGGGAACAACAGGCACAAAUGCUAUUGAAUGAACAGGCACAGCAACUACAGGAAUUGAAUUACAGGCUUGAAUUACAUUCCAGUGAGGAAGCUGACAAGAACCAAACUCUAGGAGAAGCUGUUAAGAGUCUCUCCGAGGCAAAGAUGGAGCUGAGAAGAAAAGAUCAAUCUCUGCGUCAGCUCAAUAGACAUCUUACCCAGCUGGAGCAGGACAAGCGGCGGCUGGAGGAGAACAUCCACGAUGCAGAGAGCGCCCUCCGCAUGGCAGCCAAGGACAAAGAAUCUGUUGCCAACCAUAUGAGAACAGUAGAAAAUAUGCUUCAUAAGGUCAGAGAUCAGAUCUCGCUGUCACGGACUGCGGCAAGUAGGAGUGACUUCACCCUGCAGCUACCCAACCUGCACCUGGAGACCUUGGCAGUGGAGGGGCUCAAGGGCGGGCCAGAGGUUGUGGCGUGCCAGGCUAUGAUUAAAAGUUUCGUGGAUGUCUACCAGCUAGCAAGCACUAGAAUUGCUACAUUAGAGAAGGAGAUGACAUCUCAUCGAAGUCACAUUGCAACGUUGAAAUCGGAACUUCACACAGCUUGUUUACGCGAAAAUGAAAGUUUACAAUCAACAGGAUCACGGGACCAUUCAAACCUCUCCGUUCCUUCAAGAGCUGCUCCUCCUGCUGAGGCAGUCGGUGUGGGGGAAUUUUUGCCACUGAAGGCAGAACUGGAUACAACUUACACGUUCCUAAAGGAGACCUUUGUAAGUCCUCUGACGUCAUCCCUCUCCUCUCCAGUGACUAUGUCUGCUAAUGCCAAAAGACCAACUCCAAUCGGAUAAUGACUUUAUGAAAUUUUAAAAAAUGCGGGAAGAGUUAACAGUACAAUUAAAGUUGUUUUGAAGGGGGAUUUUCUUAUCAGUUGACUUUUGUUUCAGCACCAGUGGCAGUGGAUUUUCUAAAAAUUGUGUGCUGUCUCGAUGUGUGCAGGCACCUCCACCUCUUUGAAUAAUGGAAUAACCAACUUUCCCCCUCUAAGUUUUAUUUAUUAUCACAGUUGCUCAUUUUUAUGUAACAUAUUUUUAAAUGUUAAAGAAUGACACAUUUUGGGUAAUUUCCUUCAGACUUAAAAAAAUCAAUAAGCCAUUUUAGUCUCUAUCUAUCAAAGUUGUUUCAUACUUGUCUAUUUUAAAGCAGGACUGCAAUACUUUAAUAGGAUUGAAAGAGCUAUUUGAAAUGUAUGCCAAUGAUUCCUGUCAUUUCAUGGCAGCCUUGAUAUGGUUCACUGAGCCCCCUCUUCUCUCUUGUCAGCUCGACUGAAGACAAGCAUUUAGUUGCAAACUUUAAGCAGGUUGUGCAAAACAGAAAUGAUGUGACUGCUUCCCUCCUGCACAAUAAUGUCACUCCUGGUCAAUGUGAGAAGGUCAGGCUGCUCCUUGUAAAGCUACAUGAUACCACUUGCCCAUUUGAACAAGUUAAGUUAACUGCUGAAUCUGGUCCCUGC